AGAUACAAAAUAUUCAGGUGUUCAUGGACGACGCAAACUUGACCGUACGGAAAGAGAGGAUAUGCAUCGGCUGAUGAUGGAGGAUAUGAACAAGAAAUGGGAGAAGGUUUGUGAGAAGAUGGACAAAAGGAAAGGUGAACCUACGAGCAAGGGAGAAAUCGAAGGUCUGAAGAAGGAGAUUGAUCGACUUAAGUUGAUUGCAAAUAGUGCGGUGACUUCCACCUCAACAACCGAGGCUACCUUCGAAGGGGAGGAGCUCAUCAGGCAACUGUUACGUGAGCAAGAAGCACUGAAGAGAAGGCUUGAAGAAUCUAUUGCUACACAGAAGAGAUUGGAAACUCUCGAGAACAAGAUGGCACUUAUGAGAACAAUGAGGGAUGAGGCGUUGCAUGAAGUGGAAACUCAGGAGAAGAAAGCGUUGAGACCAGGAAGUAAACGAGGAUGUGCAGCAUGUGCUGAUGUUACCCCAACCACUGCUGUCCGUAAACGAACAAGGUCGACUCCUGAACCAACGAGCAUGGUGCAUACACAUAAUUUGGAGGUGGAGGCCCUAAAGAACUUGUGUAUAGCCGACUUUAACGCAAGAAGGGAGAAGGAGCAGGAGAACGAAAAACUGCGAGCUACGAUGGAAGAGGAGGCAAAUGCACGUCGUGAGAAAGAGUUGGAGAAUGAGCGGCUUCGAGCCGCUAUUGCUGAUCUGGAAGCGGUUCAGCGUGUACCAUGCACCAAUCUAAGACAAUGGAUGGAUAAGAUGGCCUCAACCGGUCAAGGGAAGUAGAAGACAGUUAUUGAACCUGCCUCAGCACGAGCGAUGGAGAAGAUGAAAUUUGCCAAAGAGC